GCGGAGAUCAAAUCAUUUAGUUAGUUUUGUACAUCAAUUCACACACAAUGUCUCUUCGCUACAUUGAUAACGCUCGUAAGAUUCUUUGCAUUGGCCGGAACUAUGCUGCCCAUAUCAAGGAACUUAAUAACGCUGCUCCACUGCAACCAUUCUUCUUUUUGAAGCCUUCAUCGUCGAUCUUGAAGCCAAACAGUGGACCAUUUUUAGUCCCAAAGGGGGUUGUAGUCCAUCAUGAAGUGGAAUUGGCGUUUGUAUUGAACCGUGAUCUCAAGGAUUUACCUACUUCGUUUUCUGCUGAAGAGGCCUUGGAGUGUAUUGAUGGAUAUGCUCUUUCCAUCGAUAUGACUGCUAGAAACGUGCAAGAUGAAGCCAAGAAGAAGGGAUUACCAUGGUCCAUUGGGAAGGGAUUCGAUACUUUCCUCCCACUUUCGAACUAUAUCCCAAAGGAAAAGAUCCCUGACCCGUACAAUGUUGAAUUAUCAUUGAGCGUGAAUGGAGAAGUCCGUCAAAAGGAUAUGACUAACUUGAUGAUUUUCCCAAUUCAUCGUAUCUUGUCCCACAUGUCUGCCAUCAUGACUUUACAAAAGGGAGACUUGAUUUUGACCGGAACUCCAAAGGGUGUUGGUCAAAUCAACCCAGGUGAUGUUAUCAGGGCCACCAUUGGUGUCGAUGGAAAGGAGAUUGAGGAUGCCACCAUUGAAAUCACUGCUGAACAAAAGCCUGGUCCAUAUGAAUUCAAAGAAAUCUAAGUAGA